GAUCGAUCGAUCGAUCGAUCGGUCAUGGCUAAUUUUCUUCUUGCAUUCGGCACCAACCUACUACUUCUCACCGCUGUCACGUCCGGACAUCGGACCAGAUCCUGCCGCGUGAGCGGCCGCUUACGCGGCAAGUCUGGCUAGUGCAACCGUGAGGACUACUCGGCCUGCUGCGUGCCGGGCAAGCUCUACCCGCAGUACCGCUGCUCCCCUCCGGUCACCGCGCGGACCCCGGCGACCAUGACGCUGAACAGCUUCGCCAGGGGCGGGGACAGCGGGGGCCCGUCGGAGUGCGACGGCAAGUACGACCCCGACCACGAGAUGGUGGUCGCGCUGUCGACCGGCUGGUUCGACCGCUCCAGCCGCUGCCUCAAGAGCAUCCGCAUCGCCGCCGCCAACGGCCGCUCUGUGCUAGCGAAGGUCGUCGACGAGUGCGACUCCGCGCACGGCUGCGACGAGGAGCACGACUUCCAGCCACCGUGCCCGAACAACGUCGUGGACGCCUCGCCGGCCGUGUGGAAGGCGCUCGGGAUCCCCGAGGAGGUCGGCGAGCAUCGCAUCACCUGGUCGGACGUUUGAUCCCCCGUUUGAAGUAACGUCGAUCGAACGAUCGAUCGACGAUAGGAUUAAUAAUUGAAAAAUAAAUAAAAAAUGGGGAACGUUUAUAUAUAUACGUACGAGUUUAAUAAG